ACACGGUACGGAUAUGUAAAGGGACUGUGUGUUUUCCAGCUGAUCCAUCUCGACAAAGAUCAUGAGCAAAGACUCCCAAAUGAGGGCUGCAAUAAACCAGAAGCUGAUAGAAAUGGGGGAGCGGGAGCGGUUGAAAGAGUUGCUCAGGGCAAAGCUGGUGGAGUGUGGAUGGAAGGAUCAGCUGAAAGCACACUGCAAAGAUGUGAUCAGAGAAAAGGGUCUGGAGCACGUCACAGUGGAGGACCUGGUCACAGAAGUCACACCAAAAGGCAGAGCCCUCGUACCAGACAGUGUGAAGAAAGAGCUCCUCCAGAGAAUCAGAGCUUUUCUUGCUCAACAUGCAACCUUGUGAAUCAGACGAUUGUCUAGACAUUUUUUUACUCUCUGUAGAUCCACAAUUAAAAUCCAAGCUGAUGUAUGUUCUCAUUGUAAGAAAUGCUGAAGUGUUAUUUUCAUUUUGUAUUGUGUGUUUUCAUAUUGAUUUUAGUUUGUUAUGCAACAGUUUUGGAAAAAAAUAAAGUCAUGCCUAUUU